CACCCAUACGUCCCCCCAACCUCAACCGACCGCCGCUCGCCAUGCCCAGCGCUCAACAUCCUCGCCAACCACGGGUUCAUCAACCGCGACGGCGCCUUCAUCUCAAGUGAGAGCGCCACGGUAGCUCAGAUGCAAGCCUUCAACUUCUCCCGCGCCGUGUCAGCCGGUCCCGUCCCCGCGGCGCUGAAGUACGCCACCACCGGUGUGAACGGAACUUUCCACCUCGACGACCUGGCGCAGAAGCCACUGGAUCACGAUGGGAGCUUGAGUCGCGGAGACCUCGCACUGGGUGAUAACUUGCGGUUCAACAGGACUAUUUGGGACUCUUUCGUGGCUAGGUUGCCUGACGAACUCGUUACAUGGAAGCAAGCUGCUGAGGCUGGUGCCGCGAGACUCGAGGAUGCGAGGAAGGAGAAUCCCGAGUUCGUUCUUGACGCCGCCGGGGUUGCAGCUACGGUUGAGCAGAUGAGUGGUCUACUCGUUGCACUUGGAGGGAGUGUCGAGGAUGGAAAGGCCAGGAGAGAUUGGAUCAACGCGAGUUUCGUGGAGGAGAGAUUGCCGUGGGCGCUUGGGUGGAAGACAAGUGAGACG